AUGAAAAAUAAAAAAUCUAAUUUUUUAUCCCCAAGGAAAUUUGAUGAUAGAAAGGAUGCAAAGAGUGUUAGCGAGCAAUGCAAUCAGUUCGAUGGUCCUAUUUCGCCAGCCAUGUCAACAGCCCCUACAUCGGUUCCAAUGCACCAGGCUUUUUCUGACCGAUGGGCAGCUGCAACUUCAGAAUAUGCUCCCGAUGCAGAUCCGACAGUCGCAUGCAGCCCCCUUCUUGAUGUUCAGACGAAGACGAGCGAACCUGAUACUAAUCAGGUUAAAAAAAACUGCUGA